CGGCGCCGGAGUUCGUGUCCCCCGGGGGUUGCUUUUACGCCUCAGAUACACAACAGAAAAAAGAAAAUUACAUGGAAAAGAAACGAAGUGGGUUUUCUUGAUUUUUCAUACCAUAAACUCGAACUUUUGCGAGCAACUGCUAUUCUAUCAACACAUUCAAAACAGAUUAAAAUUAAAUCAACCCGCAUUUAUGUACCUGUGAAUCUGUUAUCGAUUUUUAGACGGCGGAGUUCAGGGCCUUCGUCUUGGGUUGGGCUGGACCUGAAUGGGCCCUGUAGCCCAAUUACAUUUGGGUUUUCGUUUCAGUUGAGGACCGAAGAUAGCGAAAACUCGACCACCUUGUUUCUGUGCGGAAUUCGGAGGACGACGGCACGAUGGCCAGUUUCACCGGUUUAUCGUCUCCCCCGUUCCUGUGUCGCUGCUUUCCGCCUGUAUCUCCUCUUCGCUCCAUUUCUUCUACAGUCCAAUUCAAGAAGGGAGCUUCGAAUCGGAGAUUGUUUGUGGUUCCCGUUAAAUGCUCGUCAACAGAGCCGAGUCAGGAUGCUGACUCUGAAGCUAAAUCCACUACUGUUUCUUCAAGUUCUUUUUCUUCAAGCAAUUCCACGUACAAAUGGUGUGCAGGGAUCGGAGCUGUUGGGUUCCUUGAAACUGCCUACUUAACUUACGUCAAGCUCAGUAAUUCCGAUGCGUUUUGUCCUGUUGGCGGUGGUAAUUGCGGCGAUGUCCUCAACAGUGAUUAUGCAGUUAUUUUUGGUGUUCCUCUUCCUCUGAUUGGAUUGAUUUCAUAUGGAUUUGUUACGACUCUUAGCCUGCAGUUGAAUGCAAAGACCUUACCUUUUGGGAUUGAUGAAAUGUAUGGUCGUCUGGCAUUACUGGGGAGCACUACCUCUAUGGCUGCUGCUAGUGCAUAUUUUUUGUACAUACUAAGUACAAAGCUUGCUGGAGCAUCAUGUUCUUACUGUCUAAUGUCAGCUCUGUUGUCAUUCAGUUUAUUUCUCAUCAGUGUAAAGGAUGCUGGGUUGCGGGAGAUACAAAGAGUGGUGGGUUUACAGCUAUGCAUAGCCACCUUGGUGAUUCUUACACUAAACUCCGCAUAUAGUACUUCUCCAAUUGUCCCCACUAGCCUGGCUGAAGUUGAACUUCCCUUUUUCACUACUGAGAUAACAACAACAUCAAGCCCCUUUGCUCUAUCUCUUGCAAGGCAUCUGCACUCUACUGGAGCUAAGAUGUAUGGGGCUUUCUGGUGUUCUCACUGUUUAGAACAAAAACAGAUAUUUGGAAGCGAGGCAUCAAAGCUGUUGGACUACGUGGAGUGCUUCCCUAAUGGAUAUAAGAAAGGAACUAAAAUGGCCAAGGCAUGUGCAGAUGCUGGAAUAGAAGGUUUCCCUACGUGGGUGAUUCAUGGCCAGGUUUUGAGUGGAGAGCAAGAAUUAGCAGAGUUAGCAGAGGUAUCCGCGUUUGAUUUCAACGAAUAGGGUUCAUUGAUCCAUUAUUUUGCCCCCGUCAUACUUGUACAGCUUAUAGAUAAUCCUCAUUCCUCAGCUUAUAGAAAGGUGUUAUUUGGAAUGAAGGAAAUGUAAAUUUUUUUUUUUUAAUUUCAGACGCGUGUAGAAUUUGCAUGGAAACUAUGAAUAUCCUAUUUGUUUUCUAUAUUUUUCAUGGUGCUGAUAAAAUAUUGAUAUUUUC